CCGGGAUCACUUCUUGGAAAGGUGCACUUUUGAGAAUGUCACGCCCCAUUGUCAGUGGAGGAGAGGGCGAGGAGGGAAGCGGGCAUUCAGAGGGGAAAUGCCUUGCUCGCAUGUUGCUGCAGAGCGAGGUUGGAGGUGCUGGCCCCAGCAAUAUGCCGAUCGCCUCAAGUCAGAUUCUGGAGUUUCGAGCUCACAUGUCGCUGGUGCGGGCGUCACUGGCGAGACGGUCACACCUCAAUCUACUGUCGGCACCGUUCUUGGAUCGAAGCCAAGUUCAGGGAGGUCGCUGAGGCAGACUGUGAUCGAGGAGGCCGACAAUGUCGUCAUGCUGAAGCGGCCGACAACCAGAUGUGCAACUAACUUCGAGAUGUUGCAGUCGCGGAAGAAUUUGAAGACAACUUUUGAUCGCUGCGUGUGCGACAAGGGAUGGGUGGACAAGAUGGUGCGGAACAACCAGUUAGUGGCAUUCCAUGAUGUAACGGGCAUCGUCCAUGACAAGGGCGGCUUCUGGAGGAAUGUACAGAAGGCGCUUGAUGUGAUGCAGCCGGUGGUGGAGCUGCUUUGUACGGUGGAUGGGCAAGGAGCGACCAUCUUGAAGGUUUACUUCAUGAUGGACCGGGUUGUGCAGGAUUUGCGUGCCCUAGAAUGCUUGUCGGUGGAGAAACACGAGGCGUGGUUGGAGCGGGUCCAUGAGGAUGUCGAUGGUGAGGAGGAGGUUGUUGAGGUGGACUUCGAUGAUGAGGGAGACGAGAUCCCGAUGCGGCAGGCUUUCCUACGCAAUGACGAAGUUGACGACAAGUUGGUCGAGGAGGAGGAUACUCUACUCCUUGGUACAAGGCAACGCAACUGGCGCAAGAGCACGAAGUCUGGGAAGCACCGCGAGCAAGAGUUGUGCAGGAGAUCCAGGUGGAUGUCGCACAAGAUCUGGGAGUCGCUGAUCGACCAUGCGCAGACGUGUGUGCUAAGUGGGAAGCUGUGCGUUUAUGACCCGGACCAGAAGAAGCAGACAUGCCUUGUUUUCAACAACAUUUACCAAUUCCUUGGGAUCACAGCAGAUGGCCAGUUCAUCCCGGCAACGACACUGUCAGAUGACGACAAGGUUUAUGUGGAUAGACUUAUCAAGUCGGCAUAUGAGAAUUGGGAGAAAGUGAUCGAGUUCGAAGGAUCAGACGUCGUUGGACAUGAUAUGAAUAUCAUGCGGCCGAUGUGGAUGAACCCCAACAGCUACAAGACGGCGGUCCCUGCAGCAGCAACCCCUCUUCGCUCAAGAGGGGUCUUAGGGGUCUCCGCUGUCCCCAUUGGAUCAGGGUCCCAGAUGCAGCCCCAGCAUAGUCGAGAUCGACAACGGUCGUCAUCAGCGCAGAGGGCUCUCCACUGGUCUUCUGACAAGGAGCCACCGGCAGCAAGCACUUUGAGCAGUCAGGACAUCACUUGUCACGUGGCGGCACUAUAGACCAAUUCCCAAGUGGUGCUAUAGACCAUAGACCACUUGCCAAGUGGCGGCACUAUAGACCGCUUGCCAGCUGUCGUUAUAGACGGCUUGACGAGUGGUAUAGUUGCAUCGGACAGCCAAGUGGCAUCGUGGAGUCGUAACACCUAUCAUGUAAAGAAUGCAGUCAUCCUCAAGUCAGCGAGAUUGACGGUCGAGCGUAACUACACUCGAUGCGUCGUGAGAUGGGUGUUAAGUCACAGUUAAGACUUUCAAGGCAAAAUAUCAGACUUCUGGAAGUUCCAAGGAAUGAUUUUUUUUUUUAGAAGGUAGGUCUCCCACAAAAUGAAGGGCACAGUUGAGG